CCAGUUAAGCAUUAGGAGCUAUAAAACCCCAGGGACUGAUAGCUGUUAGUUAGUUUCAAGGGGAAGCGUACCCUCUCCCUCCUAUACCAGGCAUAAUGGCAGCAAUGCGAAGCUUCACGUUUCUCACUUUAAUGCUCGUGGCAAGGGAAUGGCAGACUGGAGACGGUCAGGGGACAAGCACCAAGCCCAAUGAAUGUCUUGCAGGCAUACCAGGGAUCCCUGGCACUCCAGGAACAAAUGGGCAACACGGACCACAAGGAAGGGAUGGGAAAGAUGGGCAUCCAGGACCAAAAGGAGACCCUGGUGAAGCUGGAGAAAAAGGUCCCCCUGGCCUACCAGGUAAAGCUGGCCCUCAAGGUAUUGUGGGCUUUCCAGGACCUCCAGGGCUUCCUGGUCUUCCAGGAAGUGCAGGAAGUGUCCCAUCUAUAAAAAAUAGACUGUUUGCUUUUCACGUCAGACUUGAUACCAAAUACCCUCCAGCUAAUAUACCAGUCCAGUUCAAAAAAGUGAUUUACAAUGAGCAGAACGUAUACAAUACAGAGACUGGCAAACUCACCGCCCCAGCAGACGGAGUGUAUUUCUUUACUUACCAGAUUACUGUCUUCUCUAACUCUGUGCAUUUAAGUCUCAAGCGCAAUGGUGAAGACGUGCAGUUCAUGUUGCAUGAGUACGGUUCCAGCACUCAACAAGCAUCCGGAUCGGCCAUCCUAAAGCUUUCAAAAGGAGAUGAAGUCUGGCUUCAGGUUGUUGGCAACAAAAAUGGGCUUUAUUCUGAUAGUGAUGAUGAUUCUACAUUUUCUGGAUUCCUGAUUCACGGCUAAAAAUGUUACUUUAUAAAGUAAGAGUUAGUAGUCACAAAGGGAAAAGCAUUUUGAAGAUUAUGGUACCUUUUAAUGGCCCAACAUUAAAAUAAAAGAAGCAAUUUAACUGAAUGAA